AUAAUUAUUUUUAUUUUCCAUCUGCCAGACACGGUGUAAAAGAGCAGGCAAGAGCUUGAUAUACAGAUAGCUAAGCUCAGCUUUGACCCAGAUCAAAAAUUGUUUUCAAGAGUAAGAUAGAAACAAAGAAAUGGCAAAUCAAGGAGCUAAGAAACGCAAAGAAGAGAACGCACGCCACAUGGCAAAGCUCCGCCACCUCAUCAUCGCCUGCAAUGUUAUAUAUUUCUUGGUGAGGAUACUGAUUUUUCACUCCACUUUUACUUGGAAACAUUGGAUGGGCCUAGUUUUGACCUCUGUUGCUUAUUUUAUUCCUUAUCAACAACUUGAUGCUAUGGCAAGACCUGCUUAUGCUGAUGAUGGUGAGCUUAUUGAUGGUGGUUUUGAUAUGAGCACUGGUGGUAUAUGUGGCUAUCUGCAUGACAUUAUUUACAUUACAAGUUUUGUGCAGCUGAUGUCCAUUAUCUCUGAAAAGUUUUGGUACACUUACCUGGUGAUACCAGCAUUUGGAGCUUACCAAUCAUUUGGCUUUAUUAGAGGAUUUUUAUCACAGGGGUCAGAGGGAACUGAAGAGGAUGAGAAGACCCGCAAGAAGAGGGAAAAGAUGGAGAAGAGAGCUUCGCGUGCAAAGUUUGUGAAGACAAGAAAUAGAUAAGUCAUCCUCUUGAAACGAGUAAACCAGCUGGUAGGAGUAGCUCCAUUCUAAACGACACAGGCUCAUGCCAAUAAUCAACAGUUAUGGUUAGAAGUUGGACAAUCUGGUGUAAGGACAUUCAUAGAAGUACAUGAAUAAUUUCUCUCCUUCACUUUGCUUUUCUUUUCUUCUCUUUUCUCUUUACUUUUGUAUUAUUGAUUAUAUGUGUUGUUAUCAUACACCAGGAGUUAAAGCUAGAGCUGGCGCAAUUUUUGAGGCAA